AGACACAUCCUCAUGAUAUAUGAAGAAGAUGCUGAAGAAUGGGCUCUGUAUUUAAGGGAAGUUUUUUCACAUGCAGUAAAAAAGGAAACAAUUAUGCUAUAUUGCUUGGAAAAUUUCUCUCUUCGACAUUUUGAAUCACUGAAGAUGAACUCUUACAAAUGUAAACUUUUAAUAUUAUCAAACAGCCUGCUGACAGAUCUAACUCCCAAGAAAUGUCAAUUUUUGGAAAAGGUACUGCAGUCACCAGGAAGUGUGGUUACUCUGCUGUGUGGGGUGAAGAGUUCAGAUCAGCUCUAUAAGUUACUAAAUAUCUCUGGAGACAGAUUGGAAAUCUCAACAGAGCAAGAGCCAGAAGACUACAUCUCUCUCAUCAGGAGUGUCCUAUUCAAAGGUUCGGAGAACUCCUUUGAAGCCAACAUUCCCACAGACCUGCCAGGGGGACAUGCUAAUGAAAUAGGCCAGGGAAAGGAAACUGAAGAAUUACCAGGAGCUUUGGAGGCCAGCAAGCCAUUGGCAGUGGUACUUCCUUCUGAAGUUUCAUGUGAGAACCCUGGUGAAAUCUUCAUUAUUUUGAAAGAUGAAGUAAUUGGUGAUACAGUCGAGGUGGAAUUUAUAUCAAAUAAUAAAUCCAUUAGGACACGACCAGCCCUUUGGAAUAAAACAGUCUGGUGUAUGAAAGCAUUAGAUUUUCCUGCUGGCUCUGUCAGAGUAAAUGUCUACGGUGAUGGAACUGUUAAAGCGGAGGCAGAGAUAAAAUACUAUGCAAUGGCAAAAGAUAUGGCAUUUCAAACAGCAGACACAGGAUAUAGAACAUGUCAGGUAUGCCUGCUACUAGUCAUGGUAGCCUUAUAUGCGUGCCGAAGUUGGGCAAUCAGUAGAGAACCUGAAGAAGAACUGAUGGCUUUGAGAUACGAUGCUGAUUCUCAUUUCAAAGAACUUCCAACUCUUCUUCACUGUGCAGCAAAAUUUGGAUUAACGAACCUGGCUACUCAUUUACUGCACUGUUCAGGAGCAAGCUGGGCGUCAAAGAUGAAAAAUACAGAGGGGUCUGAUCCAAUGCAUAUUGCUAAAAUGCAUGGCCACAGAGCGCUCCAGAAGGCCUUCGAAGACUUUGCAAUUCUAGAAAGUAGCAGAAAUAAUGAGCAAGAACAUGAAUAUGAAGAGAAUGUGUGUUCUCCUACUACACAGAAUGCAGUAUUUCAUCCUGAAAGCUGGCAGACAUGCAAGUUGGAUAUAGAAAGAGCUGAGGCAAACAAAGCAACAGAAGAGGAAGAAGCUGGAAAUGACUCAGACCAGGAAGAUGAGCAGAGCCCAAGCGAGGUUGGCAGUGAGGAUUCUGAGAACCAGUACGAUGACUUGUAUGUGUUCAUGCCUGGAGAUGAACCAGAAGAUAACUCACAAGGGCCACUUCUGGGCAACAGACCACCUCUUCCCCCACCACGACCUGUAGCUGCUGCCCCCCAACUGGACAUACCUCAACUGACAUUACCAGGAACAGCACUUCAAGGCCCAAUGUUAAGGCAUAAAAACUGGUGUGAUCCCGGUGGAAGACCAGAUACAGGAAGCGAGCCCCAGGAGGAGGAAGAAGGAGCUGAAAAGGAGCAGGAGGCGGAGGAAGACCCGUACACUUUCACCGAGAUUGAUGACAACGAGUACGAUACAAUACUGGCCAAUAGGAGCAUAAAGAAAAAAUUUGGAAGUCGAUCUUUCAUUAUAAACCGUCCUCCUGCUCCCACUCCUCGGCCCACAAAUAUCCCCCCUAAACAGGAAACCACACCUUAUAUAGCUCAAGUGUUCCAACAAAAAACAGCCCGAAGACAGUCCGAUAGUGACAAGCCCCAUGGACCUCCUAGGAAACAAGACAGAGCUCGAAUGGAGAGUCAAGCCUUUUCCACUCUAAACUGUUGCCUAGCUACUGGUCAGGAGGAACUCAUCCUCCUGCAAGAGAAAGUCAAGAAUGGGAAACUGUCUGUGGAUGAAGCACUGGAGAAAUUUAAACACUGGCAGUUGACAAAGAGUGACCUGGGAAUAAUGCAGCAGGAAAAGCUACGUCAACUGCGAGAUUGCAUUUUCGGGAAAAGACCGGAAGAAGAAAGUGCCUAUGAGAAACUCACCAUUGUGCACCACCCAUGUAAGUUCUUGGAAUCUACUGAAGGACUCGGGACUAAAAUGAAGCACACAGGACCUCCACACCUUGCCUCAGGAUGGAAACCAACUUUUCAAUUCAUGGGCAAACACCUUCCAGGAGCUGCUAGCAGCAUGGAUCAAAUAAGUAUAGUGGUCAGAUGUAAUGAAGUUAUUCAAAAUGAAAAUGUUUCAUAUAGCCUACCUUUCAGCAGUAAGCUUCCUGCUCGAACUCAAGUUGAAAAGGAAUCUGGAUUCUUUUGCAAGAAAGAGUACUAAAACAGGUUAUUAGCAUGAAACUCAAGAAUCUGCAAUCACUGUGCUUUCUGGGUGAAGCAAGCUUGCAUCGGGCUCACCUGUGCUCUGCAGGGC